UGCAGACAGGAAGUGAUUCCACGAGGUUACAUGUGCUGGGGAACCUGUGUUGUACUCAAGUGGUAGUUGCGUGACGUCAGCAGCCCCGGGCGUUUGAGAAUCUGUCGUGACGUCACGGGUGUGAUGGUGAUGAUUUGCGACUGAUAUUGUCCUGAGGAUCUAGAACAAUGGGCGGCAAAAAUAAGAAAAAUCGUCAAAGCAAUGCUCCAGCCAUCCAGGGAGCGAUUGCAGCCGCUAACCGACCCAGGGCUGCGGCAGAAACCAGGACUGGCGGGGAGGAGGCAUCGAAGAGGGAGGCUGGCAAAUCGGCAAGCGUGUCCUCUGUGAGCAAGGAAGCGCGGAGCAAACAAGGUCCAAAAACGUACAGUCUAGCUUCAUCAGUGGAGUCCUCUGUGAAUAAUGACAAGUCUAUACUGAAGGUGGUGAUUGAAGGCAAGCUGGAGAAAAAGAUCAUUGCGCUGAUCAACGACCAUAAAAAACUGAACUGUGAUGCAGGAACGGUGUCCGGAAGGCUGACUUCUAAGAAGUUAAUGGAUCUGUAUAUGGCUCUACAGGAGUUUAAUUUCAAGGCAGAGCACAUUGAAGAGGCCAUGUCAAACGCUGUGCUGUACGGUGGAGAUCUCCAUUCGGCAUUGGACUGGCUUUGCUUGAACCUACAGGAUGAUCAGUUGCCAGAUGGCUUCAGUCAGCAGUUUGUGGAGGAAGAGAAGAAAACUAGAGAAAAGUUUCGACCCACAUCACAGCAGCCGGUGCGUGACAGUGUUACCAGCUGCGGUAGAUCAGCUGAAGCACCUGUGAAGACCAGUAAUGAUAAGAAGGAGGAACUGAGCAUGAAAGAGUGGAUCCUGCGCUAUGCUGAGCAGGGAAGUGACGAGGAGGAAGAGCUGGAUCCUAAUAAAGACCCUGAGAAUGAGAAUGAGAAAUUUGACCCUAAUGAACGUUACCUUGAACUGACAGCGAAUUUGUUGGAUGCCAAAGCUCAUGCAGCUAGCACCAAGCAAGCAAAAGACAAGGCGGGUCAGAGGGAGGCACAGAGCACCAUCCGGGAAUGUCAGCAAGAAAUGAAGAUAUUGGAGCAGCAUCCAUUGUUUAAUCCGGCAGUGAGGCUUCCUGAGGAGAAAAAUGAAAGUAAAAAGUCUCCAGCAGCAGCCGCCGCAGGAGCUCCGGACGACAGGACUUUAGACUUCAAUCUGUUUGACAGUGCUAGUGAAGUCAAGGAGGAGAAAGCUAAAUCCAAACCACCUCUCGACAUCCGAAACUUUGACUACACGUCUCGCAGCUGGACGGGCAAGUCUCCGAAGCAGUUUUUGAUUGAUUGGUGUAGGAAGCAUUAUCCUAAAAGUUCCAAUCCCUCAUUUGAGAAGGUACCUAUGGGCAAGUACUGGAGAAGCAGGGUGAAAAUUGUGAAAUCGAUUGAUGACGUCAUGUCUGUGUGCCCUACCAUCGUCACAGAGGACAGCAUGCAAGCUCAGCACCUCGCCGCCACUUUAGCUCUUUAUGAACUCACUAAAGGCCAAUCCGUACAUCAGCUGCUGCCUCCGACAUACAGAGACGUGUGGCUGGAAUGGAGCGAUGCUGAGAAGAGUAAGCAGGAAAAGAACAAACUUGAAAUCAACAAGCCCCGGGACCAGUUCAUUGCCAAAUUAUUAAAUAAACUGAAGCUGAGAGAGCAACAACUGAAGCCACCAAAAGUCAAUAAAGUAUCUGAGGACCCCGAAGACUCCUGGGAAAACCUGGCCGGAGAAGACGAUCCGGAGCAGAUCACUUUAGAUCGGCUCCAAAAGGACAGUUUAGAGCCUGUGAGAAGCCUUUUCCUUAAGUGCCGUGAUUCACCAAGGUAUAAAAGGCUUCUGAGUGACCGGGAGCAGCUGCCGGUGUUUGCUCACAGGGACUAUAUCUUAGAAACACUGAGCCGGCACCGGGUUAUCGUUGUAGCUGGUGAGACCGGCAGUGGUAAGAGUACCCAGGUGCCUCAGUUCCUACUGGAAGAUCUCCUCCUAAACAAAUGGGCCUCAGGGAAGUGUAACAUCGUCUGCACUCAGCCUCGCAGGAUAUCUGCCAUGAGUCUAGCCACUCGAGUGUGUGAAGAGCUGGGGUGUGAGUCUGGACCUGGAGGAAAGAGUUCUCUGUGUGGGUAUCAGAUUCGCAUGGAAUCCAGAACAGGGGAACACACCAGACUUCUGUACUGUACCACAGGAAUCUUACUACGGAAGUUACAGGACGACAGUCUGCUAAAGAACAUAACUCAUAUCAUUGUGGAUGAGGUACAUGAAAGAACAGUGCAGUCUGACUUCCUGCUCAUCAUCCUCAGAGAGAUCCUGCACAAGCGUUCAGACCUGCACCUCAUACUCAUGAGCGCCACCGUGGACAGCGCCAAGUUUUCCACCUACUUCUCACACUGCCCCAUCAUAAGGAUAUCUGGAAGGACUUACCCAGUUGAGGUUUUUCAUUUGGAAGACAUCGUUGAGGAAACAGGGUUUAUCCUGGAACAGGACUCCGAGUAUUGUCAGAAAUUCUUAGAGGACGAAGAAGAAAUAACCCUUAAUGUCACCAGCAAAGGAGGAGGCAGCCAAAAAUACCAGGAGUUUAUUCCUGUUGGUUCUGUGAUGGAUGUAAACCCGUCAUAUAAGAAGUUUUCAGCCCGGACACAGCACGCUGUCCUAUACAUGAACCCUAACAAAAUAAAUCUGGACCUGAUCCUGGAGUUGCUGGUGUUCCUGGACAGAAGUAUACAGUACAGAAAUGUAGAGGGAGCGGUGCUGAUCUUCUUACCCGGCCUGGCUGAUAUUCAGCAACUGUAUGACCUUCUAUCCUCUGACAAGAGGUUCAAUGACCGGCGGAGGUACAAGUUGAUUGCACUUCACUCCAUCCUUUCCAGUCAGGACCAGGCUGAAGCAUUUGUACUUCCUCCAGCAGGAACAAGAAAGAUUGUGCUGGCAACAAACAUUGCUGAAACGGGUAUCACAAUCCCUGAUGUGGUCUUUGUCUUCGAUGCUGGAAGAACCAAGGAAAACAGAUAUCAUGAGAGCAGUCAGAUGAGUUCUCUGGUGGAGACUUUCAUAAGCAAAGCCAGUGCGCUGCAGCGGCAGGGAAGGGCCGGCCGGGUCCGCGAUGGAUUUUGUUUCCGACUGUACACCAAGGAGAGAUUUCACAGUUUUAUGGACUAUUCAGUUCCAGAAAUAUUGCGAGUACCUUUGGAAGAACUUUGCCUCCAUAUCAUGAAGUGUGAUCUUGGCUCUCCAGAGGAUUUCCUAUCCAAGGCAUUGGAUCCUCCACAAGUCCAAGUAAUCAGUAACGCCAUGAACUUACUACGGAAGAUCGGGGCCUGUGAGCUCACUCAGCCCAGGCUUACUCCUCUAGGUCAGCACCUUGCCGCUCUGCCCGUCAAUGUGAAGAUUGGCAAGAUGCUUAUUUUUGGGGCUAUCUUUGGCUGUCUGGAUGCUGUGGCAACCCUGGCAGCCACCAUGACUGAAAAAUCCCCAUUCAUGACACCGAUUGGUAGAAAAGAUGAAGCAGAUCUGGCAAAAUCCUCCAUGGCUCUAGCUAGCUCUGACCAUUUGACCAUCUUCAGUGCCUACAUGGGGUGGAAGAUGAUCCGAGCAGAAGGUUAUAACUCAGAGAUGAGUUACUGCAGGAAGAACUUUCUAAACAGAAAGGCACUUUUGACUAUAGAGGAUGUGAAACAGGAGUUAAUUCGGCUGGUGAGGGCAGCAGGCUUUGAAUGCCCCAAAUCAACGUCUUCAAAUGGUGUUCAAGUACCCCAGGACAAAAAAGGAAAAAUGUCUACAGAGGAGAUGUCGCUCCUUAAAGCCAUUUUGACAGCUGGUCUGUAUGACAAUGUCGGGAAGAUCCUGUGCACAAAGUCAGUGGAUAUCUCAGAGAAGUUGGCGUGCAUGGUUAUAACUGCGCAAGGAAAAGCACAAGUGCACCCAUCCUCUGUGAACAGAGACCUGCAAACCUAUGGCUGGCUGCUGUACCAGGAGAAGGUUAAAUAUUCCAAGAUCUUCCUCAGAGAAACUAGUCUGGUGUCUCCCUUUCCAAUACUCCUGUUUGGAGGUGAUAUAGCCGUACAACACCGGGAGCGCUUGCUGACUGUAGAUGACUGGAUCCAGUUUCAGGCUCCGGUGAAGAUCGCCGUCAUCUUUAAGGAAUUGCGUGUUUUAAUAGAAUCUGUGCUGAAGGAAAAGUUACAAAACCCUAAAAUGUCUCUUGAAGAUGAUGAAAUUUUAAGAAUCAUCAAGGAACUGAUUAAAACCGAAAAGUGAAGCUCAUUGGAUUCCAAUCCCAAGGAUUGCUGUACUAGGAUGUAACCGGGCAAAGACAUGAGCAUUUAAAUCCUGUGGUAUUUCAGCUCUGCUGUGUAUGACUAGUUUUCUACCUCUUAUCAAUGUUGCCUGCAGCGUUGAAGGGAAAUAAUGACAUUAUUUUAUUCAUCUGUUAAUGAGUUUCAAAUUAAAUUCAGUGCCAUA